AUGGGAGAGCCGCCCCAACGGGGGACGGUUCGGUUUUCGUCCCGGCCACAGUUUAGCGAUGCGUUGAGUUCAUCCGAGCUGCCGGCAGCGGCAGCCUCCGAGGCCACUGUUCGCAAUGAUCGAUUGGUCCGACGUCGCACUACGACUCCCCCGGACCUUGCGGCGGCACCCAGCCCAACCCGCCAAACUCCGUCGCGCGCCGUAAGACAACGGACGACGACGGCGGCCGGCGGCCGAAGGAACUUCGAUAGCUCCGGCGAAGAGGACGACGACGGGGGGCAGCGCCAUCCGCCAUUUGUUUUCAGUCCACGCUCGACACAGCAAACGGCCAGCAGUUCCUCUCCGUCGCAGCGCUCGGAAGUGGUGGUCCGGAAUUCGUUUGCAAGGCGCGACGAUAAGGACACUCGCAGUGGCGCGAAGGUGACGCCGGCUGAAAAUAGUAAUGGUCCCCCGAACCGGCGUCGUUCGAAGCAGCGGAGUUUCCGUGAGGAAGCCACGGCGACCACCGUUGCCACGGUCAACACCCCAUUCGGUAGUCGUGCCGGCAGAAAGUACAAUCGAUUAACGACCGAGGCGACCAAACUAUCGAACGAAGUGCUAGACGAUGCCGGGGCACGUGCCUCGGUGGAGACGGUACGCUCGAAGCCAGUCCUCCCGCGAGCAUCCAUAAAGCGCGUUCCGAAGCAGCGCGAUGAGGGGAGUGCCUCGUCGGAGGAAAACUAUCCGGAACCGUUCAAGAAGCUACUUAAAGCGAAACUCAACGACGAAAAACUGCGCACCGUGUACGCCAGGAACCUGGACGGAGGUGUGACGGAGAAACCGGCCCGUGGGGCUUUGGCGCGGACCGGCAGCACCGCCCCGCCGAAGGCAGAACCCACCGACAGGAGCUGGAGAAGUUCUUCCGCAGAAGUAACGCCCAGAAGUGCGGAGCGAUUUAGCGGCGAGACUCCGCGGCAAGAGGGCCGCCCUGUGGACGGCCUGAAGAGCACACGAUACUCGUCCUCCGAGUACACGGGCACUCGGAUAAGCAAAGAACAGUCCUCCUCUUCGGAAGCACUUUUACAGAGUGGCCGCUCAGAGAGCACCGAGUACGAUCCGUCCGGCGAGCGCCAUUCGUCGUCGCGUCAACUGAGGACCCGCGGUCGGUUCACCGAGACCAAACAUCAGUCCGAGGUGAAGACCAAGAGUUUUGUGAGGGUUUCACAGGAGCAGCCAGCGAAAGAUCUACGAUCCUCGAGAGAAAAACCCGACCGGACCUCGGGUGAGGCCGAGCGGCUACAGCCAAGACAGCCAUCUCGAGGGCGCGGGGUGCAGGUUCUGAGUACGACGACUGCUGGACCUACCACCACCGCCAAGCUGAUCACUCCACGCCCGGUUCGGACGUACACCCGGCGCCAGAACACGCUCAGCUACCUGACCUCGACGACGACGGAACCGACCACGACCACGAGGAAACCUUUCUCACCGGCUCCCCGCAACAGCAGCAGCACCACCACUCGGACCGAAGUGGACACGGCAGCGUCCCAGGAGUUCAUCCAGCAAACUACACCGGUUCCGAGCGAGUCAAGAGCGGCCCCGCGAGUGAAGGUCGACACGACCAUGCGCAGGACGACCACGGAGCCACCGUCCGGAAGCCACCGGGACGAGGGUCCGCGGAAGAUAUCGCUCCUGUACACCGAUCCCUUGCAGUACCUGCGGAAAGCCACGCAAAGUCCUCCCAUCGUCCCAUCGACCACAUCCAAGCCGCCGGGUGGCUCGGAGAAUUUGAAGGUCCAGACUCCAGUGACUCUGUUGAAGCAACCGUUCCGAACGCAGGCGAGAAAGGCGUCAGCUGGCCGAUCGAGCAGUGUGGCUGGACCAACCCUCAAAACGACUCCGACCGUGGUCCCGAUACGGGCGAACAAAAUCGCCUCAAAUAAUGUGCUGAAACGUCCGCUAACGUUCUCAUCGAACCGUGGCAGCAAGAAGUCUGCCGUGUACACACCGACCAUUCCCUCGUUCACUACACCGUCCCCGGUAAAGGUUACACCUGAUGGCAAUAGUUUGCCAAAGCCUCCAGCUAACUCCAGCACAAAACUGCCAAGCCGCCUCGCAAGUCUAUCUUCCCUCUCCUCUACCGCUGCACUAGCUAACGAACUCGGUCCCGACGGCGAUGGUAUCGGAGACCCGGAGCAGUCGGAGGACGAUUACCGGGAGAACGAGGUGGAGCUGGAUGAGGUGCAGGCGGCGACCAAGGUGGCAAUCGCCAAGGAGACCCAGAUAGAUCCCGUCUCGUCCGGGCUGACCCAGAGCCGCAUCGAGGUGGAGCCGCCGAACCAUCGGGAUCAGGUCGCAUCCGGUGGUGCGGUGACCGUCUCGAUCUUCAGCGCCCUCUCCGAGAUCCUUUCGCAGCCAACCGAAAGUUUACAAUUUUUGUCCUCCAGCACCGAUGCACCCUCUUCGUCUUCAACUACAACGAGCACCUCUACCACUACCACCACCACCACCACCACCACCACAACCACCACUACGACUACUACACCGCCUCCUCCACCAGAAAUUUUUAGUAGCAAGUCCAACGACAAGGUACUGGAAUCACUGGCCGCCACGGCCGACGCCUCACCCUCCGACGUACCGCCCGUGAGCGUGGGCGAUAUGUCUGUAAAUACUCGCUAUCUGGAGCCCGCUGGUAACCCGAUUGUAAAUAAACCCGAUCUAACCACCUCAACAACCACCGCAAGCACCCCGAUCGCGGAGGGGAUACCGACGACCGCGAGGCUGACCGAGGCCCCGGCCGACGGUCAGUCGACGGUUUCGGAUGAAAUUCUCUCAACACCGGCCACUUCCCCGUCCGACCGUCAGCACGGUGAUCUUGACAACGAGAUUGAGAACCGCAUCCCGACGGCGGACGCGGACGAUGAUGUUGGGGAACCCGCCCGACUCGGCAGUACCGUCACCGGGGGCCACUUUCUUUCCACUGCCUCGCCGGGCGAGUCACUCGCAGGUCAACGUGAAGAGCAAGAUCCUGAUGACGUUCCUUUGUUCACCACACAGAGCCCCGGAGUGCCGGUGGAGUCGACGGCGACGGUGACCUCGGGAACGACACCGACACUACCACACACUACUACGACUGAAGCACAGGACGAAUCGGAAAACGCUAUCACAAUUACUGCUACUGCUACUACUACUGCUACUACCGCUUCUACUGAUAUCCGUGCGGUGACGAGCGUGCUUGCUGGUGACGUGACCACCAAUAACUCGGUCGAGUCGGCGACGGAGCGUGUCUCCGUAGUCACUGCUUCCAACUCUGAUGCGCUACUAAUCGCCGGUUCAGCUUCAACCACAUUCAUUCCGCCAGACACCACCAUUUCGCAUUCCACCCAAGAACCCCACGUCACCGCCCAUGUCCAUCCCACCUUCCAUCCAACCGAUCACCCAGCAAGUCCGGAGGAGGAGUCUGCCCAAUCGGUGACUGCCUCAGGAACCACCGCCGACGUAGAGAUCAGUUCAACACCCGCAGCCGCUUACACUAAUCAUCGGAUCACCACCACGAUCACCACGAACGCUUCCAUCACUGAUUCGGAUCAGACGACCUCCACCGCGUACGUUACGUCAGCACCAAUGACCGUAAGUAGGACAGAGCACCCAUAUUCAAGCGUUUCCGAUGACACCACUCGCCCGCCGGCUCAGGUCGGGUCCGCCGAAUCUCCCGAACCUACCAACGACGAGUACCGUCCGAGAUUCAAAGUGCGCAUACCGAUCCUGCCCGCUGGCUUCGGCCACCACGGUUCCACCGAGGGUCCCUCCCGGCUCCCGGUCCCAGCUACUUCUUUCACCCCGUCCGUGCCGGUGACUCUGCCUAGCACCACCACCAUUGGCACCACCACCACCACCACAGAUUCCCCCACGGCAAGUACGGCGAGAGCCCGAUCGCGCGGGCUCGUCGUCUACGGCAUCCUGCCGAACAAUACCGUGGUGAGGCGCGUGAUCGGCGGCGAGGAUGAGGAGCGGGCGGCCCAGUCGACGACGGAAAGUGGGCGCAUCGUGUACGGCAUCUUCCCGAACGGUACCGUGGUGAAGCGCUACCCGAACGGGACGAUCGUGCCGGAGCGGACCGGGAAGCGGACCAGCGCGGUCGAAGUCACUAACAUUGAUCCGCGCGAGCUCCAGAAUCCGAACAGUGCCCUGUACCGCACGACGGACGCACCGCCGCUUGUCUUGAGCACCACUACUACCACCACCACCACCACCAGCGCUUCCACUACCAGCACGUCGCCGUCCGCCAUUCUGUACAGUUCACAGGCCACUGUUCUGCCACCUCCUAGUACCACUCUCACUACCACAAUGCAUCAACCUACGGGUACCACGACUAUUAUUGAAAUAUUGCGCAAGUACAACGAGGAGAAUCAGUUGGACGCGAAGGUGAAGUCGGACAACGUGUUUAGCUUGGCGGCGGCCAAACAGAAAUCGUCCCGUAAUCUGAACGAGGACGGAACGACGACGGCCAGGAGCCGACCACCAACAGUAAUCGGGAGCGCUACGACCGAGAAACCUCGCGAUGAGGUUCGCGUGGCACGUCCUAACGCACCCGAUUUGGUAUACCGCUGGAAACCGCCAGCGCCACCGAGUACGACGGAAGGUGGAGAACGGUUGGAUGCAGUGUCUUCGACGACGGAGCCCAGGUACACGACACUGGCAGCAACCCCGAGUGUAUCGGAGAAUACCGUUCCGGACAUGACGGGCGUUGGCAAAGGAGCGAAUGGUUUCGUUGGACUAGAGCUGGACAGUGGAGAAGUGUCCUUCGAUGCACCGCUGAACCCAGAUGUUUCGGUCGAAAAUGAUGUCAAUCAGCAAUCGAGCAGUCCGGUAGUGGAUAAGGGAUCGAUCAAGAAAGAGGUACCACAGCUGUCCCUGCCGCCAAGUGCUACCGUGUCCUCUACAAUGGUGCCUGUGUUGACUACAACUACUCGCAAACCCAUCGUCACAAGCCGGCCGACGGCAGCUUCCACUACAACACCACGGCCAACUACAACAACCACGGCACGGACUACUACCAGCCGAACUACUACCACACGCAAACCCUCUACUAAGCCCCCCUAUUCAUCGACCACACAAAGAACGCGUACCACGACCUACUCGGAUCAGGAAGAUUUGGCGUUUCUGCGACAGUUGGCCCGAUUCUUGAACGUUGGACAAACACCCUCCACACGGAAGACGACGAAGCGGCCAACUACAACUGCCAAGCCUACGACCACGACCACGAAAGCGACAACGACCACCAGUACCACCACCACACCGAAGCCGACCACGGUGCCCAGCCUGAGCACCGUUAUCGUCGAGAAGGACGAUCCUGCGUUCCUGAACGACGUGCGGAAGUUUCCCGACUUUGCGACUCCAAACCCGCUGGUCGAUACACCGCUGGCGAACCGAAUUCUUCAGCUGGCUAUCCAGCGUGACCCGAAAAGUAUCGCCCGGCAGCCGCUCGCCACGGGCAAUGCGUUUGCCACGUUCGAUAAGGCACUGCCGUCGAUCCCAGAGGUGAGGGAAUCCUCGACGACGACGACGACGACGCUGUCACCGGCAGAGAUUGAGAAGACGAAAAAGCAGCUCGACCGGGAGCUGCAGCAGUACAACAGUGACCUGAAGCUGCUCUCGAAUCUGCUCGGGCGUCCCAUCAGCGAGAAGGACAUACCGAGCCUCACGAAGCAGCUGGGUGGCGGUGGCACCCGCCCACUGGUGGCCACCGUUCCGACGACGACCACAUCGACGACGACCCGUCGACCGACUGCCACGCCCGAUGGGGAGCUGCUGAAGAAGUUGCUCCUGACGCAGCAGCAACAACAGCACAACAGCAGCCCGGCGGUCAUCGAAAAACCGGACUUUUACGGUAAAACCAACGAAGCCAUCCUGGCGGCGGUGCUGAAGCAGCGCGGGAUAGGCCCAUCGAACACGAACGGCAACAUCGAGGACAUUCUGGCGCAGAUCGCACCCGAAAGUGCACGGCCCGUCCCAUCGUUGCCACCCAUCAUCAUUACGACCCCGCGCCCGACACCGCGAAGGACGAGACCACCGCAGCCUCCGCCGUUGCGUUCGCAGAAUCCCAUCCUGGACGGGCUCGGGUGGUUGUGGCGUGAGUGGCAGGCAACGGCACCGCAACCGAAUCGCCAACGGCAGGCGGCUAACGGUCCGGCCGGCGGUGGAACGUUCGGACUGAGCGGUGGAGUCGGUCUGGCUGGUGGUGCUGGCGGCGCAAGGACGGCAUCGCUGGCGCAAUCGUAUCGCGACGAAGGACUCGAUCCAGAUGCGAAACCCAUAAACCCCAGCGUUACGGAGGAGGCCCCAUCGUUGUUCGGUGGAUUUGGCAUCAAUCCCGGCGGGCAACUGUUGAAUGCGGCCAUCGGCGUGACGCGAGCCGUGUCUCAGUUCCUAGGCGUUGCGCUACAGGGUGCUGCCAAGUCGUUCACGUCCGCCUUCCGUCCACCGGCGGCCGGAGAAGAGCCGGCGGCCGAUGAGCUGAGCUACUACCGGCUCAGCGGGAGAUAA